CAUAAUGGUACCAUAUCCACUUUCCCUAACUCCCGAAUCAGAACCCAUACCCAUACCGUGCACGGACUAAUUUACGUAAACGUGUAGAAGACUGUGAGGGGUCCCUAAAUUUCACAAGACUACAAAUAUACAUGCUACCACAGUCUCUUAAAUUCAAAUUACCAACACAAAGCUAAGUUCAAAAUUCCAACACAAAGCUAAACUAGUUAUGACACAACAAAUCACCACCACACCGUUGACGUUCACCGUCCGGAGACAUCCACCAGAGCUCAUCGUUCCUGCUAAACCGACACCUCGGGAACUGAAGCCUCUUUCCGACAUUGAUGAUCAGGAAGGCCUUAGGUUUCAUAUUCCAUUUUUUCAUAUUUACGGAAGCAAUCCAAAAAUGGGAAAUAAGAAUCCAGCGAGUGUGAUCAGGGAGGCGCUGGCUAAGGCGUUAGUGUUUUACUACCCGUUCGCGGGUAGGCUAAAGGAAGGUCAAGGGAGGAAGCUUAUGGUGGAUUGCUCGGGUGAGGGUGUGUUGUUUAUCGAGGCGGAGGCGGAUGUUACGCUGAAGCAGUUCGGGGUGGAGCUUCAGCCGCCGUUCCCGUGUAGGGAAGAGCUUCUUUAUGAUGUUCCUGGCUCCAGUGGCAUCCUUGAUUCACCACUGUUGCUCAUUCAGGUGACACGACUCUUAUGUGGAGGUUUCAUUUUAGCUGUACGGUUCAAUCACACCAUGUGUGAUGGAUUCGGGUACGCACAAUUCAUGACAACAUUGAGUGAAAUGACAAAUGGUGCAUCAGUACCAUCAAUAUUACCUGUUUGGCAAAGAGAGUUGCUUUGUGCAAGAGAACCGCCGCAUGUGACAUGCACUCAUCACGAAUAUGAUAAAGUGGCAGACACCAAUGGUAAAAUCUUCACGUUGAAUGAUAUGGAACGCAGGUCAUUUUUCUUUGGACCUACUCAGAUUUCAGCUCUUCGUAGGUUCCUUCCAACACACCUAAAAGGUUGUACCACCUUUGAGGUGCUAACAGCUAGCCUUUGGCGUUGUCGUACAAUCGCUAUCCAACCGAACCUUGAAGAUGACAUGCGUAUGAUGAUCAUUGUCAACGCGCGUUCAAAGUUCAAGCCUAUGAUCCCGGUAGGAUAUUAUGGAAAUGUGUUUGCUUACCCGGCUGCUAUUUCUAAAGCUCAAGACAUAUGCAACAAACCGUUAGGAUACACGUUAGAGCUUGUGAAGAAAGCCAAAUCUGAAGUCACUGAGGAGUACAUGAGAUCCGUCGCUGAUCUAAUGGUUAUAAGAGGACGACCCCUCUUCACAACUGUUGGAAGCUAUAUCGUAUCAGAUGUGACACGGUUUGGAUUACUUGAACUAGAUUUCGGGUGGGGGAAAUCUGUGUAUGCAGGGCCUGAUUUCCAUGUUGCUAGUUUCUAUACACGUUACAUAAAUCGUAAGGGCGAGUCUGGAAUCUUGGCAUCCGUAUGGUUGCCAGCUAUUGCAAUGAAGAGAUUUGUCGAAGAGCUAGAUAAGAUGUUGGCGCCAGACGAUAACGAUUAUCAUGUUAUCCAAGAAGACUCACAGCUCAUUCAAAAAUAUAAUUUACCUACUAUGAUUCGAUAGGUGAUUAGCAAGCAAUAAGCUUAUAAGACGUGUUUUUUCAGAAGUUUUUAUGUAUAUUAAACGGUUGUACGACUAAUUUUUAUGUAUUGUAUGGUCCUAUUUCUAAUUAAGUAAUCAAAAUCUUACAUAAUUUUUAUGUA